AUGAUGCCGGUGAUUUUGCGCCACGUACUGAGCGUUAUGGUCAUCACGCUGUGCUGCGCAUGUGUCUGUGUGGCGGCUGAUGCCACGUGGACACCUCAGCGUCUCCUUAAUACUGUGAAGGAUUCAGCGAACCGAGCUAAAAGAGAGACCGAAGAAGUGAAGCGAACAUCCAUGUCUGCCGAAAGCUGGGCGGCGCAGGCGAGGAAGGGAGUGAGUAAUGCACACAGUACAGUUGUCCUUCUAGGAACGGCUGUGAAUAGUGCUCCUAAAAAGGAGAAUGUGGACCACGUAAAACGUCUGGCGAGCAGCGCAGUAGGUCUAGUACGCUCUGCGGAUUACACUCUGUCCACCGCAAGUUUUCAUUCGUCGUUUGCAGUGUCGGCAGUGAAGCGUACACAAACUUGUGUCGAGUCCUUGCAAAGUGCGUGGAGGAAGUUGACAGUGAAGGUUGGGCUGGAAGAAUCUGAACUUGUGAAGCAGGCGUCGAAGAAGGUGGAGGACGCCGUGCUGUUGUUAGCAGUGGCUGAAAACCGGUCCGUGGAAGCACUCCUUGCUAUUCGUUCGGUGGCAGAGUACACUGGCAAGGCGAGCCCGAGCGUCACAACGGCACAACAACGCGCCCAGAACUUAAAGGUAACCCAAGAACCUAAGAUUCUGGAUGAGGAGUUACGGAAAGCUGCCAACGAGGCAGAGCAGACGCUGAAGCAGGCGUCGGACGCGGCUGAGAUUGCCGUUAUCAAGGCUAGUGAUGCCUCUACGGAAGAAUACAGUGCUUCAAAGGUUGCUGCGUUCAUGGAUGAAUUUCUCGCGAAGGCACUAAGUGCUGUUGAAGAGAAAGUCAAGACCUAUCCAACACCACCGGAGGAUCGCUCCCCUCCACAGCCGCCACCAGGAGAAACGAAGCAAGAGUCACACGGCAAUAAUCCCCAGGAGAAACAGCACACCGAUGCUCUCACUCCCAGUCAGCUCUCUGGGCAGCAGCCCUCCAGCACCUCUGUAGGUACUGAGUCACUGCCAGACACUUCUAAAAAGGAGUUGAAUGAAAACUCUGCGAUGACAGUGAGCAGUACCUCCCGAAGUGGCACGGGUACGACGGACAUCUCCACUGGCAGCGCGCAGAAUCGCUACGCCACAGACAGCAGUGAAGAAGCUGACGUUUCUGGUACGAAUACCCCUGACAUCAAUCGACCUGCAGUUGAUAUUACGGCCCCCGACACAAACCAGUCUCCAUCAGUACCAUCGGAGGAGAAGACAGCCGCAGAAUCCCUGGAGAACGCUGCUUCUCAAGCUGCUGAUGCGCCACUGACACCUCCCAAGAGCAAUGCAAACAACGUACUGCGGGAUAUUUUAACUGGAGACAGCAGCGUCAGUCCUUCGUGGGUGCGUACACCGUUGUUGCUGGUGGUGAUUGGUGUGCUGGGC